AUGUGGUGCCUUUCUUCUUGAAGAAUAUGGCCGACAUUUUGAUACUGCUGUCAUGAAGAUUUUUCAGUGACAUAAAAUUUAACUUUGUAGUUCUUCAUGCACGGUUUUAAGUUCCCAGAACGUUUUAUUUUUUAAUUGCUUAAACAGUGUUUAGUGUAAGCGUAUUUUAUUGUUUAUAAUAAUGGCAGCUGAUCGUGAGAUUGCUGCCGAAGACAGCAUUAGAGUUGUAUGCCGAUUUCGACCACUCAAUGACUCUGAAGAAAAAGCUGGUUCAAAAUUUAUUGUGAAAUUCCCUUCUGGACCAGAUGAUAAUUGCAUUUCAAUAGGGGGUAAAGUGUAUUUGUUUGACAAAGUCUUCAAGCCCAAUGCUACCCAAGAGAAAGUUUACAAUGAAGCUGCAAAGAGUAUUGUAUCAGAUGUGCUGGCUGGAUACAAUGGUACCAUAUUUGCCUAUGGUCAGACUAGUUCAGGAAAGACACAUACCAUGGAAGGUGUCAUAGGAGAUCCAGGGAAACAGGGUAUUAUUCCACGGAUAGUCAAUGAUAUAUUCAACCACAUCUAUGCAAUGGAAGAGAACCUUGAGUUUCACAUCAAAGUGUCAUAUUUUGAAAUCUACAUGGAUAAAAUCAGGGAUCUGUUGGAUGUCUCAAAAGUGAACCUCAGUGUUCAUGAAGACAAAAACAGAGUUCCAUUUGUAAAAGGUGCUACUGAAAGAUUUGUGUCAAGUCCUGAGGAAGUGUUUGAAGUAAUUGAAGAAGGAAAAUCAAAUAGGCACAUUGCAGUGACAAACAUGAAUGAACAUUCAUCUAGAUCUCACUCUGUCUUCCUCAUCAAUGUAAAGCAAGAAAACCUGGAGAAUCAGAAGAAACUAUCAGGAAAAUUAUACCUUGUGGACUUGGCUGGCUCUGAAAAGGUGUCUAAAACUGGUGCUGAAGGUACUGUUCUUGACGAGGCAAAGAAUAUCAAUAAAUCACUAUCAGCUCUCGGUAAUGUGAUCUCAGCUUUAGCAGAUGGAAAUAAGUCCCAUAUCCCAUACAGAGAUUCCAAAUUGACGCGAAUUCUACAAGAGUCGCUUGGAGGUAACGCUAGAACGACUAUUGUCAUUUGUUGUUCUCCAGCUUCAUUUAACGAAAGUGAAACCAAAAGUACUCUGGACUUUGGCAAGAGAGCUAAAACUGUUAAGAAUGUUGUAUGUGUCAAUGAAGAACUUACGGCCGAGGAAUGGAAACGUCGUUAUGAGAGGGAGAAGGAGAAAGUGGCUAGGCUCAAGGGCAAAGUUGAGAAACUGGAGGCCGAGCUGGCCCGCUGGCGUUCAGGCGAGACGGUCCGGCCGGAGGAACAGGUCAACUUGCAAGAGAUCGAAGCCGUCACUCCCAUCACCUCGUUCAUCGAGGAGAAAGCGCCAGUACCGCCAGUACCAGUGGCAGUAUCGAGCGCGGUGGAAGACGCCACCAUGCAAGGCAAGCUGGAGGCGUUGUACCAGCAGCUGGACGACAAGGAUGAGGAGAUCAAUCAGCAGUCGCAGCUCGUCGAGAAGCUCAAGGACCAGAUGAUGGAGCAAGAGGAGCUCAUCGCCUGCACCAGACGCGACUACGAGACCCUGCAGGGCGACAUGAACCGCAUCCAGCAAGAGAACGAAGCCGCUAAAGAAGAGGUAAAGGAGGUGCUGCAAGCCCUGGAGGAGUUGGCCGUCAACUACGACCAGAAGUCGCAGGAAGUCGACAGCAAGAGCCGCGAGUGCGACCAGCUUUCUGAGGAGUUGCAGACCAACAAGAGCGCAUUGACGACGGCCACGGCUGAGCUUCAGCAACUGCGCGACUUGUCAGCACACCAGCGCAAACGCAUAGCCGAACUACUGACUAAUCUUCUCCGAGAUUUGGCGGAAAUCGGCGCGGCCGUCGGAGGGUCCGAACUGGACUUCAAACUCAACGUCGACACAGUUGGCAAACUCGAAGAAGAGUUUACGGUGGCUCGCCUCCAUAUCAGCAAGAUGAAGAGCGAAGUGAAGAAUAUAGUGCAGCGCUGCCAUUCGCUUGAGUCGGCUAAUAUUGACGCUAACCAGAAGAUCUCGGAGUACGAACGUUCGCUGGGCGAGUGUCGGCUGCUGAUUUCGCAGCACGAGGCCCGUUGCGCGUCGCUGGCGGAGUCCAUGCGCGAGGCUGAGAACAAGAAACGCCAGCUCGAGGAGGCGGCCGAUGCGCUGCGCGAGGAGUGCGCCCGGCUGCAGGCGGCCGAGCGGGUGCAGCUGGCAGCGGCGGAGCAGCGCGCGGACUCUCAGGUGCGCGGCGCGCUCGAGGCCCAGCUCGAGCAGCUGCGGGCCGCGCACGCCACGCAGCUGGCCGCGCUGCGCGACGAGCUGGCCGCGCUGCAGCGGCAGCACCAGGAGCUCAGAGACACGUACCAGGAGCUGACGCUGGCGCGGCAGCAGCUGCAGGACGACUACGACAAGCUGAAGCGAGAGGAGGCCGACAAGUCCGCCAAACUCAAGGAGCUCAUCCAAAGCGUGGAGCGGCGCGAGCAGGCCCGCGCGGAUCUCAAGGGGCUCGAGGACACCGUGGCCAAGGAACUGCAGACGCUGCACAAUUUGCGCAAACUGUUCGUGCAAGACUUGCAGGCGAGGAUAAAGAAGUCAACGAACUCCGAGGAGGGCGCGGAAGAGGAGGGCGGAUCACUCGCCCAGAAGCAGAAGAUUUCGUUCCUGGAGAACAACCUGGAGCAGCUGACGAAGGUCCACAAGCAGCUGGUGCGCGACAACGCGGACCUGCGCUGCGAGCUGCCCAAGCUGGAGAAGCGGCUGCGGGCCACCAUGGAGCGGGUCAAGGCGCUCGAGACCGCGCUCAAGGAAGCUAAAGAAGGCGCCAUGCGCGACCGCAAGAGGUAUCAGUUCGAAGUAGACCGAAUCAAGGAGGCCGUGCGCGCCAAGAAUCUCGCCCGAAGAGGCCCACAAGCGCAAAUUGCAAAGCCGAUCCGCGCGGGCGGCGGUCACGUGGUGGGCGGCGCGCCCGGCGUGCUGCGUGCGCCUGCGCAGGACAUCAAGCGGAAAUCCAUCAUCGUCGGCGCUAGAGAUGAAAGUUGAAGAGGUAGCCUUUGCAUCAUAGAGAAUUUAAUGAAACUUCAUAGGUGUACCUAACAUGGGAAGUGGAAUCAUUCUUGAAAAUAUACCCAUUAUAUUUACUACGUGUUAAAAGCCUAAUAAUAAAUGCAACAAAAAAUAAUAAAAAUAUCGUAGAGUCCUCUUAGGCUUUAUCUUUCGAGCUAUCUAACCUUAAAGUCAGUAAGUGCACAUGGAUUUAGAACUUAUAAUAGCUUUUCGCUAAUUGUAAUAGGUCAGGUUUCAUAUAAAUUCGAUAUCAAUAUCGGUUAUCCGUGCAAAAAGUAUUAAGAAGUGAGCAGAUUCGAAGCUUCGAUGGUCAAUGAUGUUUCUAUUUUUUCAAUCAAAUGAAACGAUAUUUUUAUGAAAUGACAAGUAUUAAAAUUUAAUUUUGUGUCUAUCAAGCUUAAUGCAUUUUAUGCUAUAUUAUAUAUCCGAUCAAUUUUGUGAUUAUUGUAUCGUGGGAAGAAGUGUGUUUAGUGCGGUACUAAGUCGUUGAGUACAAAAUUCCCGAGCCAGUUACCAAUGUAUGAAAUUACCAACAGGAGGCGGCCCAUUUCUUUCCACGUCAUACAAAAAUAUACGACAAUGAUUUCAAGAUGCAAUAUGUUGUUGUCAAAUACGCUGUGAAUUAUUGCAGACUUGCAUCUGCUGCCGCACAAAUAAAAUCAAUAAAAAAUAAAGAAAAAUACAAAAAAAAACAGCGCUCUUGUAUCGUCCUUAUAUUCCACGUGUGGUAGCAAAUGCAUACCAGUGUGCAUCUUCAAUGUGUAGUUGUAGACUAAGCUUCUUUUAAUAUAUAUUUUUAUAUAUUGUGAUAAGCGUUGUUAUGCCGACAUGUGAGCAUUUAUUUAGUUAAAAAAGAUCGAACUUCGUUAUAUAGAUUGACAAGGUGUAAUGGGUGAUAACUGUAAUGUCGGGCGUGAGAAGUACUCGUAUCGAUCAGCUAGCGUGGUUCGCGACGCCUGGGCGACUUGCUGCCGUAGCAAGUUCUCGGCCGCUAGGCACGGUCUGCGCCAGAAGGAUUUACGAUACAAUUAGUGGGCGAUUUUUGUAUUCAAAUCCCCGAAUAUGAAAAUCUCUUUCGACUAAUAUACAUUUUUUGCUCUGGUAACGAUAGAGAUAAAUUUGCCGAAACACAAUAGUUGAACAUUUUAACAGAGUUCUUGCAUAAUAAAAUUAGAGUAGGUUAUCAUUCAUGUCACCUUUUGCUUAGCCCUCAUCGCGCGUCAUCUUCACGUUUGCUUGUGAGCUGUGAUGAUUUAUUUUUGUAGCAAAUGUUCUACAUGUAUGUAUUGCGUCUUUAACUUACUCGAUAGUAAUAUAAGUCACUAAGUUCCAUGUUUGGCUUUUGUAAGUAUAUCCAAGACUAGAGUUGAUCUAUGUAACAUUCUCAUAUUCAUCGACAUGUCGCCGUUUUGUCAAUGUAAUACUUAACACAGAGCUUACAAUGUAAUAUCUCAGUGUAGUAUAUAAAGUACUGUUUUUGAUUGGUCAAAGUUAUCUAUUUGCUUUUAAGGUGCAUCAGCUUCAUAGUAGAUCUGUAACUUAUGUAAGUACUUAUAAAAUAAUCACGUUGGGAUUCAGUUUAUCGUGGACUUGCAGUGGCAGUUGUCGGGUAGGUCCAUGCACUGUUUUCUAUGAGGAGUUAUGGAACUAUGCCAGACUUAUGUCCAGAAAACCAAAGAUAAAUCACAAGUUUUAGAUUUUAUUGUUUGAGAUUAAUUAUCAACUGAAAUUUAUUUAAGCCCCCGAUUACUUAAUGGUUCCAAAGCUCCUUAGUGUGUUGCAAUACAUUUAUCGUUUAGGUGUAAAGUUGUAGUAAAUUAUUUCCUUCUUAAGUUAGUGAAUACUUGAUUUUAUUAUAUUUUAUUUAUUGUAUUUCAUAAAAGAAACUAAAUUAUCUUGUUUUUUUUUUCACUUAAGAAGUGUAAUACGCUUUUUUACAUACCUCUAUUUACAUUAUUUUAAAGUAAUCAUGAUCAAAUACAUAUAUUUUACAUUGGAAAUUAGAGAUAUUUACAAAGAUGCAUUCCAACGGAAAGUUUGUGUCUUUGUGUAUCUUUAAGUUGGUUGUUUUGUUAAAGUAUAGUUAAUAAGAGGCUACUCUCGGUUUCCACUCGCCUGUUGCAUAGAUAGCUCAAACCGGAGGCCCAGGGCUCCGUGCUCCGCGGAUCGGUGGCCGGCGAACCCCAAACCGGCAGGCUUGCCUUUGCACCAGUGAUUUAGUUUGUAUUGACAUCUUUUGUAUGAUGUAUUUAAUAUACGGAAAAUUCUCAAAAAGAGUGUUUUCUUGAUUUUUAUUUAUUAUAAAAAUAAAAUUAUGAAUUUAAUUUGCUA